AUGGGCAUGUCUAUCUCCAAACUCCUCUCCGGCCUUUUUGGCAAGAAGGAGAUGCGCAUCCUGAUGGUCGGUCUCGAUGCUGCUGGUAAAACCACAAUUCUCUACAAGCUCAAGCUUGGUGAAAUCGUGACCACGAUUCCUACGAUCGGUUUCAACGUCGAGACUGUCGAAUACAAGAACAUCUCUUUCACUGUAUGGGACGUCGGAGGACAGGACAAAAUCCGCCCUCUCUGGAGGCAUUACUUCCAAAAUACCCAGGGUAUCAUCUUCGUGGUCGACUCUAACGAUCGCGAGCGUGUGUCCGAGGCACGUGAGGAGCUUCAACGCAUGCUCAACGAGGAUGAACUCCGUGACGCUCUCCUCCUGGUCUUUGCUAACAAGCAAGAUUUGCCCAAUGCGAUGAACGCGUCUGAGAUCACUGACAAACUCGGUCUCCAUGGUCUUCGCCAGAGGACCUGGUAUAUCCAGGCUGCCUGCGCCACCAGCGGUGAUGGUCUGUACGAGGGUCUUGAAUGGUUGAGCACCAACAUCAAGCGCCGUGUCUAA